UUCUUGAGAUGGACCAGAAUAAAGCUCAAGACAUAAGGCAACACAUGUUCCCUAAGGAGAUCAAUUCCGAGGCAUCCAUACUGCCCAUUCCGACCAGCACUACACCAGGAAGCCCAAGUUUGGAACAUAGGAUCCAAAAGAGUAAUGGGGAUAAUAUUUCUAACAAAUGGAGGCAGAAUCCAAGCAAAAGUUAUACAAAAAAGAGUGAACCACAAGAAAUUGAGGCCACAACAGAAUGUACCAGAGUUGCUGAGACCACUCCAAGAGAAGUCCAAGGUCAUGAGAUCAUUCCUGAGCCACUCCACAAUUGGAAGAUAAAACCAGAACCAUUGAUUUUUCUAGAACCAAAACUCAAAGUAAGUUUUACUUUAGAUCAGUGUGUUCUUUCUUACUCCUUGACAACAUUGAUGCACUUGUCUUUCCCAAAGGAUUUUGAGACAGGUUUAGGAACUCAGAAGAAGUGGACGGCCCAAAGACAAAGGACACCAGCUCUGAUAUUAGGGAUAAGACAAGGUGAUGGACGACCAAGCCAUGGUAAAAGGAUGGAAGAGAACCAGGGACAGCACCUGACUUGUCUACAAAACGUUGAAGGAGAUGCAAGAAGCAUCAAAAGCAAACGAGCUGCCAAAGAGCAAAACAUCCUUCAACGAGCUAAAACCAUUUGGUGUUGA